CAAAUCAAAAUGGCUGAUGACGAGAAGUCCGAACCCAAGAUGAUGACAAUUUCGGUGAAAACGCCGAAAGAAAAGCAAGAUAUUGAAAUCAACACAGAAACAUCUGUGAAAGAGUUUCGAGAAAUUGUUGCCAAACAAUUCAGUGCGCCCUGUGAGCAGUUGUGUUUAAUCUUUGCUGGUAAAAUUCUGAAAGACACUGACACAUUGGAGCAGCAUGGAAUUAAGGAUGGGUUGACUGUCCACCUCGUCAUUAAAUCUGCUAACAGGUCCCAGCAACAGGCUGCGGAAGUGAGUGGGGCUGCCAGUCCAUCAGCACCUUCUCCUGCAGUCGGUGUGCAGCCUCCUGUAGGUCAGCCCAAUGUGGGGGAGACCCCGUUUGGAGUAGGUGGUCUGGGAGGCCUGGCUGGCCUCGGCAAUCUGGGGAUGGGCUCGGCCAACUUCAUGGAGAUGCAGCAGAGGAUACAAAGAGAGAUGAUGAGUAACCCUGAAAUGCUACGUAACAUGAUGGACAAUCCAUUUGUCCAGCAACUGAUGUCGAACCCCGAUGUGAUGAGACAAAUGAUCACAACCAACCCACAGAUGAGGGAGCUCAUGGAGAGAAACCCUGAGAUUACACACAUGUUGAACAACCCUGAUUUGAUGCGACAGACAAUGGAGCUAGCUCGGAACCCUGCCAUGCUCCAGGAGUUAAUGAGAUCACAAGACCGUGCUAUGAGUAAUUUGGAGAGUAUUCCCGGUGGUUUUAACGCACUACAGAGAAUGUACCAUGACAUUCAGGAACCGAUGAUGAACGCAGCACAGGAAGGUUUUGGGAGCAGGAAUCCCUUUGCCUCCCUCGUCCCUGGAGAAUCAGGAGCCAACACUGGUGAUGAUGGUCAACAAGGCAGAGAAAACACAGAUCCUUUGCCCAACCCCUGGGCGCCUCAGUCACCCGGGGCAACCACCACCUCUGGAACGACGGGCACAUCCAACACAACAACACCUUCUAGGGGUAUGUUUGAGACGCCGGGGAUGCAGAGUUUGAUGCAGCAGAUGACACAGAACCCACAGUUAGUAGAGAACAUGCUACAGGCACCAUACAUGCAGUCAAUGAUGGAGAGUAUGGCCGCCAACCCUGAUAUGGCCCAACAGAUGCUGAGUGCUCACCCCAUGUUGGCUGGCAAUCCUCAGCUCCAGGAACAGAUGAGGCAACACAUGCCCGCUAUGAUGCAACAGAUGCAAAAUCCAGAUAUCCAGAGAGUGAUGACAAAUCCGCGGGCGUUGGAGGCCAUGAUGCAAGUACAGACUGGUCUUCAACAGCUACAGUCAGAGGCUCCAGGCCUCUUCCCUCAAUUAAAUCCUGCAAUGGCCCAAGGUGUGCCCACUACCUCGACACCCACGACACCUGGCUCGGCUAACUCCCCCACCACCACUUCAUCUACCACACCCUCAGCUGACACUACAUCAACUACUACCACAGCGGGGGGCACAACCGCCACAGCAGGGGGCAUGACCCCUGCAACAGGGGUCACUCCCGGUGCCAGCCAAGAACAACUCACCAAUCUGAUGUCACACAUGAUGCAAAUGAUGUCACAGGGCAAUAUUAACCAGCCACCGGAACAGAGGUACGCAUCAGAGCUAGAUCAGUUAGCCAUGAUGGGUUUUGUAGAUCGAGAUGCUAAUAUUAGAGCAUUACAAGCUACGUUAGGAGAUGUGAAUGCAGCAGUAGAAAGAUUACUGCAACGAUGAUAGUAACUGUAAACGAAAGACGUUAGUGAUUAUAUGUGGUUUACAGAAGUGGACACAACAUGAAUUACCGAGUUACUGACCGGGCGGAACCCUGAAACACCUAGAAAGCACGUCGGACAGUGGACUGCAUUCUGUACUACAGUAGUGUACAUUACAAUGUAUAUUUAGAUUGUUACUCUCAUUCAUUGGUUGAAAUGGCUGACCAGAUCAUCAGAAGUAGGAUGGAACCUUGUAGUCCUGAGAAAUGUUCAUAUGGCGCUUUGGUGAAGACUUUGUUUUAUAUCGAAGCAACGUGCAAUUUUCAGUCUGCUUAGAUUCAUUCCUCAAAAUGUUGUCCAUAGGUAGUUCAGCUGUUGCAACCACUAAAUGAAAGAUAUAUCUACCUUUCGAAAAUCCUUUAAAAAUGCAUGCAAAGGUCUUGUAUUUUUUCCUUGAUUUCAAACUUACACUCGUGAUUUGGUGUUUUAGAAGACAAAUACAUUGCACUGAAUGUUAAACCAUAAGACAUGAAAUAAUUUCCAAAUAAUAAAAAAAAAAAUCAAACAUAACUUUUGUUGUAUCAGGUACAUUGAAAAUAGAACUUGUACAAUGGAUUUAAAGCUCCAGAAAGACAACUUUUAGAUUAUAUUCAUUUGCAUACAUAUCUCCAUCUGCCUAUGUAUUUAAGAAAUUGUCGUUGAGUGAAUUUUAAGUCCAUUUUAAUUCUAUAUAAAGACUAUUUUGUGAGUGACAAUACCUAUGUACAGUAAGUUGGUAGUUUCCUACUGACAUGUUUAUUAUUCAGUGGAUUGGAUAUUCCAACACAAAAUCAGGAUCCCGUCACAUAUAUCAAGACCAUGAUGCAGUAUAUAUCAUUAAUUGUACAUGUGCUGGUAGCGGUUUUAUUUAAUUUUACCAGGUAGGGUUAUCUCCAAGAGACUUGUAAUUCAUGAUUCCUUCAGAAUAGCAAUUUCUUGUUAUUGUUUUUCGUUGUUUUAAGAAAUAUUCAAUACAGUAAUUCUUCAUCUGUAGAAAACAUAAACUUUCAUUUAUUUAACAUAAUUGUAAUUUCCCUUAUUUCUUUUUUGUUUGUUUAGCUGAAGUUUGUAAUUUCCAUAUCAAUCAGACAGCUUGUCUAUAGAAUGCAGCCACUGUGUGAGGAACCUUAUUUAUAUAUUUUGUUGUCUUCAACUUUUAAUACACAGUCACUUACAGUUCAGUCCUGAUUCCUUUCUGCCUAUUAUAGAUUGUUAACCUUUUAGUUAAUUGAACAAUUAUAAUGAAGUUAAUGUAUUAAGAAAUAAGACUAAACCUCUACAAUAUAUCAUAUUAACUAACCAUAGGCAGAACAUAUAACGGGGAUAAUAUUGAGGGAAAACUUUUACUGCAUUGUGAGUAUAUCACAUGCAUUUAAGUGUUGUGUUAAAUUUGUUUGUAAAUCAUAUUUUGUGUUCAUCAAUAUCUGGUCUCUGUAGCAUAGCUGUAGUCCUCUUAGUCAAAUCUUUUUGUCGGAGGUUCACCGAAUGUCUCGAUGAGAUAAAGAAAUAAUCAUGAUUCUUUGGUGACUACUUUAAGGUACAAUAUCUACCAUAAGAUAUCGGCGAUAUACCGGGGGGUCGUUGUGAUACACCGGGGAGUCGUCGUGAUAUACCGGGGAGUCGUCGUGAUACACCGGGGAGUCAUCGUCGAUAUAAUCCUGGGGAGUCGUCAUGAUAUACAGGGAGUCGUUGUGAAAUAUGUUUAAAUUUGGCUGGUUGUGUGUGUGUAGGUCGAAAGAAGUGCCAUGGAAUUGUCGUUGAUGCCAUUUCAAUACAGAAAGUUACAAUUUCUUAUUGUAUUGAAUUUGAUAUGUUGUCACUCAUUAAAGGACUGUUUUCACAGUAGUCGUGGCAUUUUAUUCUGCGAUUUCUCCACGUUUGCUUUCAUUCUGGAACAUUCAUUGUUAAUUAUCAAUUCUGCAAAUAAAAAAAAUCUGAAUAUUAAUAUCA